AUGCUCCCUCCCCAGGCAAACAUCAGCAUCUCCUUCUUCCAACCACCCGCCUUCUUCCUUAUUGGCAUCCCAGGACUUGAGGCUGCUCAUGGCUGGAUCUCCAUCCCCUUCUCCUCCAUGUACACUGUGGCCCUCACUGGAAACUGCCUGAUCCUCCUGGCUAUCAGGAGGACCCCCAGCCUGCACCAGCCCAUGUACUACUUCCUGUCCAUGUUGGCCCUCACUGAUGUGGGCCUCACCUUGUCCACACUGCCCACUACCCUGGGUGUGCUCUGGUUUGACCAUCGGCUCAUUGGGUUCAAUGCCUGCCUAGUCCAGAUGUUCUUUGUACACUCCUUCUCUGUAGUGGAGUCCUCAGUUCUACUAGCCAUGUCAUUUGAUCGCUUUCUGGCCAUCUCCAAUCCACUGCGCUACUCAGCCAUCCUGACAAAUAAUGUCAUCAUCAAGAUUGGAUUCACCAUUGUGGCUCGAGCUACCUUUUGUCUCUUUCCUGUGCCAUUUUUGAUUAAGCGUCUGAACUUCUGCCCUGAUAACUACUUCCUGUCCCACUCCUUCUGUUUUCACCCUGAUGUGAUGAGGCGGGCCUGUGCUGACAUCACCAUCAACAUACGCUAUGGUCUCUAUGUGGUUGUGUCUACUGGGGGCAUAGACUCCUUGUUCAUCAUCCUGUCCUAUACCCUCAUUCUGCAAACUGUCCUGGGCCUGGCUUCUCCCAGGGAGCGCAUUAGGGCUCUCAACACCUGUGUCUCCCACAUCCUGGCUGUGUUUGUCUUCUUUAUUCCAGGUAUCACCAUGUCCAUGAUCCACCGUUUUGGAAAGCACCUACCCUCCAUUGUGCACUCUCUGGUUGCCUAUGUGUACCUGAUGGUACCUCCUGUGCUAAACCCCAUCAUCUAUAGUGUCAAAUCCAAGCCCAUCAGGGAAGCUAUGCUCAAAGUUUUGAAGAAGAAAGGCUAA